AUACUAGUGUGAUUCUGCAAGCAUUUAAGUUUUGAUUGCUUUUGAUUACUUUGACAUUCAAUAGUUUGACAGCAUAAAGCCAACGAGGGAACAAGAAAAACGAAGACAUUCAGUGGUCGCUGCUAUAUGAAAAAUUUGAAUUAUGCACAACAUGUUUGAUGAAUUGGAAUCUAAUUAAUUUAGAAAGAAAAAAAGAAUGAUGCUUGCGACAUCCUUACUGGUGCAGCAAGUUUCUAAGGUGCCUGUAAUGAGUCGUGCAUUGAGUAUCCUGAGAAAUCAGGCAUACGUCAAUGGAAAAUGGAUCGGAGCAAGAUCAGGAGAAACUUUUCCUAUCCUGAAUCCUGUAAAUCAAGAGGUGAUUGAUUGCGUGCCAGAUAUGGAUCCUAGUGACACACGAAAUGCUAUAGAUGCUGCUAAUCAAGCUUUCAAGGAUUUUCGAAAGACAACUGCAAAAGAAAGAAGUGACUUAUUGCGUAAUUGGUACAACCUCCUGGUAGAGCAUUCGGAAGAACUAGCUCAGAUUCUGACAAAAGAAAAUGGUAAAUCUUUAGCUGAAUCAAGAGCAGAGAUCAAAUAUGGCAAUUCCUUUGUUGAAUGGUUCUCCGAAGAAGCUAGACGAAUUAAUGGAGAAGUGCUUCAAGCUCCUAUUCGUAACAGAGAAUUGCUAUUACUGAAACAACCAGUGGGAGUAGCAGCUUUAAUUACACCGUGGAAUUUUCCUCAUGCCAUGAUAACUAGAAAAGUUGGUGCAGCAUUAGCUGCAGGCUGCACCUGUGUUAUCAAACCAUCUGAAGAUACUCCAUUGACUGCCCUAGCCUUAGCCAAUCUGGCAGAGAAGGCUUGUAUUCCUGCUGGAAUUCUCAAUGUCCUAACAACGAGUCUAAAAAAUUCUCCAGCCGUUGGUAAGGAGCUCUGCGUCAAUCCCAAGGUCCGUGUUCUCUCCUUCACUGGUUCCACUGCCGUGGGGAAGAUUCUUUACCAGCAGUGCGCACCAACCAUGAAACGUCUUAGUCUUGAACUAGGUGGGAACGCACCUUACAUAGUCUUCAAAACAGCUGAUGUGGACGUUGCUGUUACUGGUGCAAUGGCUAGCAAAUUUCGUAACACAGGGCAGACAUGUGUUUCUGCCAAUAGAUUCUUCGUCGAGGAACAAAUAUUCGAUGAGUUCGUCGAAAAGUUCUUGACAAAGAUCAAAAACGAAAUCAAGAUGGGAGAUGGAUGUAAGGAUGGUAUAACUCACGGGCCUCUAAUCAAAGACAGUCAGCUGAAGAUGGUCGAUGACCUUGUAAAGGAUGCCCAGAGUAAAGGUGCCAAGAUUCACUGUGGUGGAAGUCCACAAACGGAACUGGGACCAUUGUUUUACGCACCGACACUUAUCACUGGAGUAACGGAGAACAUGAAGAUCUACAAUAAAGAGAUUUUUGGUCCAGUUGCUGUUAUACAUAAGUUCCAGAAUGAAGAUGAUGUUAUCAGGAUAGCGAACGACACACCGGUAGGCUUGGCAGGGUAUUUCUACUCGCAGGACAUAUCGCAAGUGUUCAGGGUAGCCAGGAACCUGGAGGUUGGUAUGGUCGGUGUAAACGAGGGUCUUAUAUCCUGUGCUGAAGCAGCAUUUGGUGGAGUCAAAGAAUCAGGAUUAGGACGAGAGGGUUCAUCACACGGUAUUGACGACUAUGUAGACAUUAAAUACGUAUGCAUCGGUAACGUCAGGCAUUAAAUUAUUAGCCUUAAGUAUUGAGAGCUACUUUCAAAAUUUACUGCAAGUGUAGGGAAUAUCAUUCUAACUUUGUCAGGUAGAUAAUAAAAAAAAAAAGAGAAGGAAGAUGUUCGCAGUGCUUCCAGUAAAUUGUAAUGAAAUAUGUCCAAAGAUGAAAGCUAAUUAGGUUUUUCAUUAUCAUUGGUUUCUAUGUUGUAGGUCUUUUUUUUACAUUAACAACAUGUACAUCGCAGCCUUUAGUCUAUCUCUUGAGAAACAUUUCUCUGCAUAACUUUGUAAGAUUUAACAAGAUUAUUCUAUUAUUUGCAUGACCCAAAUUUUCUUAAAUGUCAAUAUCAUUACAUUUGUCUCUUAGAUAUAAUUAUAGCUUACAAUGACAGAAUAUUACUAUCAUAUUGAGUUUUUCUAUUACUCAAGAAAAUAGUGAACAUGCAUUUGCGUUUUGCAAUACAUCGUUACAGCAUGUGUGACUUUCGUAAGCGAUAACCAACGAAACUCACACGGAACGAUAUACUAAUCUUAUAUGCAUCAGUAUAGUCUAUAUUGUCGUCAUGUUAUUGAAAAAUAGAAUUUAGAAAACGCAGUAAUGUAAGAAAAAGUCUAAUGAUCUAAUGCAUGAUGUAAUUAUUAUUAAAAAUAUAUGAAACUCGCAUAGAGUGCAAUUAGUCUUCCAAAUACAGUCUUCCAAAGUAUUACAAAAGAAACGGGGCGUUUCGUACAAUUAAGAUUAUAUUUUAGAAAUAAAAUUGUAUUUACUGAACUUAGUAGUAAAUACAUAUACAGCGCAAGAUUCAUUAUA